AUGACAACUGAGCAGGCGAGCCCAGCUCCUCUUGAAGAGGUCUUCGAUGUCAUUGGUUCCCGGCCCAUUCGGCACGACGGGCCGGACAAGGUGACCGGCCGUGCCCGGUACGCCGCAGACAUUCAUCCGCCAGGAUGGUUGGUGGGCAAGAUCUUGCGCAGUCCUCACGCCCACGCCGUCAUUCGGAGCAUCGAUACCUCCCGUGCCCUGGCAGUACCGGGCGUAAAGGCCGUUGUGACUUCCGCUGACCUGCCCGACGUCUCUGCGGAGAUAGCCGAUCAGGAGGAGGGAUCGACGGUCAAUUACGGCUUUUAUAGCCGCAACGUGAUGGCCCGCGAGAAGGCCCUGUACGUGGGACAUGCCAUCGCCGCUGUGGCAGCUACCUCGGCAGCCGCCGCGGAGGAGGCGCUUGGGGCCCUGGUUGUGGACUAUGAAGUGCUGCCUCCUGUUCUAAACGCUGACGACGCCAUGCGCGACGACGCGCCCAUCCUCCACGACCGGUUGGUUACGCUGGCGAAUCCGGGUAUGCGACAGGGUGGCUGGGGCGACGCCAACGCCAAGCCCAGCAACAUAUCGAACCGGUUCGAGUUCCGGCUGGGCGAACCGGAGGCCGGAUUUGCCGAAGCCGACGUAAUUGUCGAAAGGGAGUUCCACACGCGGCCAGUACACCAGGGCUAUAUCGAACCCCACUCGGCCACUGCGCAGUGGAGCACCGACGGCAGCGUGACCAUCUGGGCCAGCAGCCAGGGCCACUUCGCGCUGCGCGAUCACACGGCGGCCAUCCUCGGUGUCGUGUGUCGCGACUCAAGAUCAUACCCAUGGAGAUUGGUGGCGGGUUCGGAGGCAAGGGGCAGGGUGGCUGCUACCUGGAGCCGGUCGUCGCGGCCCUCUCCCGCAAGUGCGGGCAGCCGGUCAAGAUCGCCAUGA